CCGCUCACUCGCUCCCACUCAGCGGCGCCGGUUUAGGGAACAUGGGGAAGGCGGAAGUGGGGCCUCGGCUCGGCGGCUGGAGCGUCUCGGCCGAAGGAAGGGAGGUGGCUGGGCGACCGCAGCGCUGAGCCUCCGAGCGGCUUGUCCUUCCCGCGGCGUCUUUCUCUCGCCAGCCGUUUUUCUCCCCCAGGGCUCCCGAGGGGCAACCAGAAAUAUACCGGGAAAGGACGGCCUGGCAGAGCCCCGGUGGGGUGGGUCGAGUUUACCUCAGCAGAAGCUUGUUCCGUGUCUUCGCAGCUAGCUCUUGCCUGACACCCACACCCCUGCUCGCAUUGUAAGAGGCGAGGUGGAGGUUGCCGGAGAGGUUGCAGAGCAAUCUUGACGGGUGUUAGUCAGGGAAAAUGCGAAAUUGCACGGGUGUGUGUGUGUGUCUUUUUAUUUAAAGCCCGUACUCUCCGGUCGGCUUUGGGUGUGGGUGAAAAUCGGGUGGGUAAAGGAUAAAAUCAAAUACUCUCCUUAAUAGAGAAGUAUGGAGGAGCAGAACUAUCUAAGAUUACAGAGGAAUGCUGGAAAUUAACCUCGGAGGAAAAGAGUUUGAGGGGACGGUCAGCUAGGCUAGGAAACUUCGCCCACUUGGUUAACGCUGGUCGACGAAUAACUUGAGAUUUGCCUAGUUAUCUGGAAGGCUCUGUUAGGCUUCCCCGCUAUUAAAUGUACCUUCUGACACAGUAGUUUGUUUUUGUGGCUAUUGCUACUCGAAAAUCCCCCUUCAUUACUAUGUUGGCAGAGCAAGCCCAAAAGUGGUUCCCAACUCAUGUGCAGGUCACAGUCCUUCAGGCCAGAGGUCUCAAGCCAAAGGGCAAAAGUGGCACUAAUGAUACAUACACUAUCAUACAACUGGGAAAAGAGAAGUACUCCACUUCAGUGGCAGAGAAGACCCUUGAUCCAAUAUGGAAAGAAGAAGCUUCAUUUGAGUUGCCUGGAUUGCUGAUGGAAGGGAACUCUGAAAAAUACAUCCUCUACCUGAUAGUCAUGCACAGGUCUCUUGUUGGGCUUGAUAAGUUUCUGGGACAAGUGGCAAUUAAUCUAAAUGAUAUUUUUGAGGACAAACUGAGAAGGAAAACAGAAUGGUUUAUUCUAGAGUCCAAGCAAGGGAAACGAACUAAAGACAGAGGUGAGAUAAAAGUCAACAUUCAGUUUAUGAGAAACAACAUGACGGCAAGUAUGUUUGACCUGUCAAUUAAGGACAAAACGAAAUCUCCUUUUGCUAAAUUAAAGGACAAAAUGAAGGGUCGUAAGACAGAUGGAACAUUUUUGGAUACAUCCUCGGCAAUCAUUCCAAGUACUCAUAUGCCAGAAACUAACAAUAUAAGUUCCCUCAAUGAAUUACAGUUAAAAUCAAAGCCAAAAAAGCCUUUUCUUUUGGGACCUCAGCGCCUCUCUUUGGCUCACUCAAUGUCUGAUCUAACUGGACCUCAGACAACUUCAGAAAAAAUUAAAUCAGGCACAGUUGGCAACACAUACCUCUUCAGACGUCAGCUUGAGUCUGUUGGUUCUGAGGAUGAAAGUGGAAAUCUAAAAUCUCCACAUAGGCGGACAUUAAGUGCAGAUACCACUAAAGUGAAUCAGCUAGACAGCACAAUUGAUGACAAUGACUCAGCUUUUGUAGCUCAAAAUGACCCUUUUACAAAUGUGAGUGCUUCGUUGCCUCAAAAGUUUGCCACAUUGCCAAGACAGAAGAAUCCAUUUGAAGAAAAUCCUUUAUCAUGGGAACAAAAUAUGGGCCUGUUUUCAAAACCACCUGAAAUAAAAAAAGACACUAAGAAAGAAAAAAAGGAGAAGGUUAGUCUCUUUGAAAGAGUGACUGGAAAGAAAGAUGGUAAACGAUCAGAUAGACUUUGUAAUGGAGGAUCCGAAGGCUCCUCUGACUUAAAAUCACCCAGUGCUUUUGCUGAAAGUCAUCAGGACAGCUUUGAUUUUGAUUCCACUAAUCCUUUUACAACGAAUUUCAAGCCAAAAAAUGUGCUGCCAUCUAGCAAUUUCCAUCUUAAUGUGAAUUCUGAAAACUCGGAAGAAUUUCAAAAAGUGCCUGAUGGAAAUCCUUUUGAUGCUGCAACAGGGUAUCAUAAUCUUACAUAUGAAGAGGUCUUACAGGAGUUGAUGAAACACAAAGAACAACUUAAGAAAAAAGAUACCCACAUUCGUGAACUUGAGGAUUAUAUUGACAAUCUUUUAGUACGAGUAAUGGAAGAAACUCCAAGUAUUCUACGAGUGCCAUAUGAACCUUCUCGGCGAGCUGGCAAAUUUUCAAAAACCUAAGCCAAUGCCAACACUCCUUGGUAUUAAUUAAGAGGAUGGAUUGCUUAGUGCAGUUGUUUUGAUAUUGUAAAUUUCAUAUUCAUGCUUUAUCCUGAGAGUGUUUGACUCCAAACUUCAGUUGGUAUUGUCAGUUCUUGAAAUCUGUAUAUAAACUCCAGGUUUUAUAAGGUGAAAAGUAAAUUCCUUUUGCUGCAAAACAUUCCUUUACCUUGAACAUGUACAUCCAGGUCUGUUUUAUUUUCAAAAUACUAUAGCUAGCUUGGAUAUCACUGUACAGUAGUCAUCCAAUAUACAUACUUGAAUAUUUAUUUUGCACUUCUAUUAAUCACUUUGAAGUUACAGCAUGCUGUCAGAGUGAAUGUACAUAAUCAGAAUGUGUUUUGCAGCUCUUAACUAUGAAGGAAAAUGUGAUAAUGUUGUAUUUUAGGAAUCACUAAUACAUGAAGGGAUAAUACAUCUUUGCAUAAGGAAGUGGGCAGUAUUGAUCCUUAACAUAGAACUUAUUUGAAACAAUUACAUUUCUUCUGUUGUAGAAAUACAGGUUUUUGAAAUGGCAAAUUCCAUAACCUGUAUGGAUGGAAAAGAGCUUAAUACAUAAAGGUAUAGCAUACCAUUGGUUUAAGCACACACAUGUAAAUUUAAAAAGAGAAAUAAAGCAGAAGAAACUAAUGAAUAUUACCUCAUUUGUUUAGACUAUAAGAAAUAUGGGGAGAAAAGCUGACAGGGAUGUAACAUUCUAAACAAUUAGUAUGUCAGCCAGCCUAUACAUGUGUGUGUGUGUGUGGGGGGGGGAGAUGUGUGUGUGUGUGUUGUGUAUGUACAAACACACACACACAUAUACAUAAACACAUGCAUAAUUUGGGUUCUGCAAUAUUUGAGACAGGAAAUUGAUAUUUACUUGCUUGUAUUCGCCAAUAUAGGAAAUUAUUUUUUAAAAUAGAUUGCAAUGAUUUCACAACUGUUUUCUGUGUCGGAGUCAAAUAUUGUCCUUCAUUAAAGAGUGAUGGAUAUAUUUGAUUGAGCAUGUCUCUGACUAGAUAAUAUUUAUGUACAUUGUUGUGCAUCUAUUUCUAAGUGGGAAAUGCAAUUUUAAUGGAAAAUAUUGCCAUAAAAAAAAUACUGUUUACUAUACUGUAAUCAAAAAGUUGUUGCUUUAUUUUAUAAAAAUUGCAGGCAGAAUGGUUGCUAGUGUGAAGUGCGAAGAGGCUUAGACAUAAGAUGGAUGCAAUGUUGGGAAGAAUGGAAUGAGUUUUUUGUUCAAUUUUUUCUUGAUUGUGUAAUACAAAUUUUUCAUUCACAAACAUAUUAAGGAUUUCUAUGGAGAAGAAUGGGAAAAUAUUUCCCCUUUUUCAGAUCAAUAAACUUAAUUCAGAAAAUUUUGUUUUUGAUAAUGUAUUAUUAAUCAAAACCCUUUUGUAACUAAAACUGAAUAGGUUAGCAGUAUUAUAAGGAGGAGCAAGAAUCCCUGUAUUCUUAAAUAUCCUCAUGCACAUUAAGCAGCAUAUUGUGCCAUGAACAGAGAUCCCAUUUGGAUUAUUGAGCUUCAGUUUAUUUUUCUAUAUGGUGUGGAAUACACAAGUAAAACUUAUUAGGUGGAGGUAGUUUGCAUACAUUUUUCCUUUGUAAUUUAAAUAAAGGAGAAAUUCUGAGCUGUGCUUUAUUUGUUAACAUUAACUUGUGCAUUUAAAAUAGAUGUUUAUUUUCAUGGUUUAUACAGAAUACAUUUUAGAAAACAAUUGGUGAUUUAAAGCCUACAGAUGUUGUACAUAACAUAGUUAAUGAUUUCCACUUACAUUAUUUAAAUUCUUGGGCCAUUGAUGUUUAAUCUGAAAUUCUAUUAUAUUAAAUUCAUUAGGCCCUUUCUACAAGUUUUCCUCAAAUUUCCUCAUAUACCAGCUGAGUGUAAACCAGAGAAUAUGAUGAACUUUUUAAUAUUUAACUUUUAAAAACUUUUUAAGUUUUCAAAUUACCUCUUUUAAUCUUAAUGGGAAAUAUCAACAUGCUAGAGUGUAAAGUGUUUAAUUCAUAGCAUAAUUAAAAUGAAGUUAAGCUUUAUGAAGGGUUUGUUUGUUUUUUUGCAUAUAUUCUCUAGUCCUUUUAUUUUCUAUUUGGUACAUAACUGAAUUAAAGGAUAUUUUAAAUUUACAGUAGGUAAUUGUAAAAAUCAGAAAAAGGCAGGUAUAUUGAAAGGCAUCAUAAAAUAUAUACAAUGCAAUGUAUAUAAACAAUAGCAACUGUUUAUAAUCUGCAUUAAAUGGCUCAUAUAUUUAUUAAUAUAAUUUAUAUGCUGCUUUGUGAGCAACUUCUUAAAUGUCACUUCAUUUAGUUUAGGUACAUAAUAACUGAAACUCCAGAUCAGGUACAGAGCGUCCUUUUAUAAAUGUUUUACAGAAGCCAGCACAGAGUACCAGAUGUAAUAGAAAUUAGCAGGGACUGCCUUUGAAAGCAUAAUUGUUGAGUCUGUGCCUCUUUAACAGUGUAUAAGGCAGUUUUGCUUUAAAUAUGGUGUUGGUGAAAUCACAGCCAGUAAUAAUGUGUUUUCAGAGCCUAUUACUCUCUGCAAAGCAUGUAAUUCAUUAAUUUAUUUAAAAUAGAAUGCUGCUUCCAAGAAUAUUCAUACAAAAUAGAUUUUGAAGCAUUGUUCAAAAUCAAAAUACAUCUAUUGCAAUUACCAGAUGGAUAAUAUUGGGAAAGCACAUAUUUCACACACUCUUGUGAUACUUUGCAUGAACGUUAAUUUGAGCUUAAUUACCACUUUUCAUUGAACACAGAGUUAUCCAUAGACUAUAGUUGGCUAAUCUAUUGUUGUUGGCUGUAAAUCAAGGGCUAUUUGUAAUGGUCCAGCUAUGAAAACAUUGCCCUCUCUGUAUUUUGAAGACUUUUUCAAUUGGAGUAAUAAUCUCAGUUAAGUGUUUUAAUGACUUAUUCCCUUCUGCCUCCACUAAACCUUUUGCUCAGAUUCUUAAAAGAAAUUAAAUGUAUGUCUUAAAAUUAUUCCUGCACUGGAACAUUAUUAACAAAUGUAUCAUUCAAAAAUUGUAAUCUGUCCAAAGGUCUGUGCACAAGCUGUGUAUUUGUAGAGUGUUAGAAAUGAAAAUGCAUGUAUUUGAAAGUAAGUUUUAAAUAUGUUAAUUUCCUCAUGCUUGCAAAGCAACUGAAGAAAGACCUUGAUAGAUUAAAAAAAAGGCUGUUCUAGUUCCAUUAAACUAUUUUUCCUCCCAGGUAUUCAAACCAUGAGUUGCCUUCCUGCGUUCCCUAUUUUGUGAAUGUCCAAUAUAUUUCUAAAUUUAGUUACUAUUAUUAAAACUAUUUAGUAAGCAAUUGCUAUGGCACUUUAUCUUUUUUUUUACUUUUAAAAAUGAUUUUCAGAUUGAUUUAAAUUAAGUAUAUUAUUACAUGCUAAAGGAUUGUUAGACCAACUAUAUCUCCUAAACAUAGAGUUCAAUUUGUUAUGAAUGAUGUAUCCAGUUCAUUCAGCAUGGAUGGUUCCAGUUUUUAUGUGUUAGUAUAAUAAAAUGCGUAAACAUAUAUAGCCAUAUAUUAAAUCCCAGAAAAGAUCUUGCACAAAGAAAAGUUUAACUAUUUUGGUUCACUACCAUUUUUCCCCAUAAAAUGGAAAGUCAUGUUGUAAGUUGCACCUAUGUAUGUAGAAUGUGAAAAUGCAUGAACCAUCAGUUUUGUUACAUUUGGAGUCUUCAACACUUUUUAAAAAUCAAAACUGUAAUCUUAAAUUUUAGAUUUCAUCCCAGUGGUUGUUGCAUGUUAAACACUAAUAAAAUGCCACUGUGUAUUC